AUGACGAUAACAAAUCCUACAAUGUCGAAUUUAGCGGAAGCAUUACUAAAUAUUCGCAAGAUUGAGGAUAACUUUUACAAACGCGAAUUUCAAUUUCUCGAUCGAGAUCGGAAUAAAAUCCGUGUACAUUUCGAUCGACACAAAGACGCGUUUUUACAACUAACACGGCAACGGCAUGAAACAUGGUAUCGACAUGAUAAACACUUUCGCGAAGGUCUACGCAAAGAAAAGGAUAAUCAUGAAAAACGUAAACGAAACUUUGUGUUAACAUCCGAUCCGGACUACACAUCAAAAGACUAUCGACCUUUGGAAGUCAUCGAUGCGGAUGGAUCGGUUCUACCACCGAUCAACGCCUCAACAACAACAACAAAAACAAGGAAAAGAGCCGAACCGAUGACGAAAGUGGAACGAGACAUCUAUCAAGUUCUUCGUGCGUCGCAAAAAUUACUCAACGAAUCCGCAGCUCGACCUCGAUAUAAAUUUAUUCUCGAACGGCCGUCAUCUACAUCGUUCAAUAAAAAAGUUCGUCAACAUCCAACGGAAUCCGAUUCAGUGGCACAAACAAUGCUUCCAACAUUGAGAGAUGCAUCAUCGGACUACGAAGAGUAUGACCGUUUAGUCAAUAAAUCACUACAAGGUGAAACUUUCAGCGAAUUCGUCGAUCAUUUCGUUAAAUUCCGACCGGAAUUCUGCGAACAAUUCGGUUCGAUCUACGAAGAAGAUAAACGACAAAAAGCGAUCGAAAAACUACGCGAACUCAAUCAAAUUCACGCGAGAAAACGUGACGGACGUUAUCACAAUCUCCUCAGUAGUCUCACUGACUCCAACUCCUCGUCGAACUGA